GAUAGCAAGAUCUUUAUUCGUUUAAGGAGGAAAGGUGGUUCUUUGGGGAUUUGGGAAAAGAAAUUAAGGAGUUUUUGUGGGAUUCAAGAAGGAAAGGAGUGCCUUUCUGCCUUUUUGUCUCCAGGAAACAAGAAAGAGCGAAACAGCAUGGCUACAAGAAGUCUCUUUCGGGCGUCCUGCUUGGUGCUGAUUGUCUGCCUAUGUUCUUCGUCUUCCGCCACACUGACCCCGUCUGGCAUAAACUAUGAAGUGGUAUCAUUGAUGGCAAUAAAAAUGGAAUUGAAUGACCCUUACAAUGUUUUGGAAAAUUGGGACGUCAACUCUGUGGAUCCAUGUAGUUGGAGGAUGGUCACCUGCUCAGUCGAUGGACACGUGUCUGCUCUGGGACUACCCAGUCAAAGCUUGUCUGGCAUACUGUCACCUUGUAUAGGAAAUCUUACAAAUCUUCAAUCUGUGCUGCUCCAAAACAAUGCUUUAUCUGGAUCACUUCCUCCUGAGUUAGGCAAACUGGAGAGACUCCAGACACUAGACUUGUCCAACAAUCAAUUCCAUGGCACUAUUCCUAGUUCACUUGGAGGCCUUAACAACUUGAAUUACCUGCGAUUGAACAACAACAAUCUGUCGGGACCUUGCCCAGAUUCAUUAUCCAACAUCAGAGGCCUCACUCUUGUGGAUCUUUCUCACAACAAUUUAAGUAGUUCCUUGCCUAAAAUAUCUGCAAGAACAUUUAACAUUAUUGGAAACCCCUUAAUAUGUGGAUCAGAUUUAGACAUUAACUGCUCUUCUGGAUCAGUAGUUCCACUUUCAUAUCGACCAGAAGAUCUAAAGAAUAGGUCACAACUCGGAGGAACAAGAAGUCGGCCUAUUGCUGUUGUAUUUGGUGCCGGUGUUGGUUUUGUUACUCUUCUAGUAAUCGUUGUUGGCUUGCUACUUUGGCGACGACACAGACAUAAUCAACUGAUAUUUUAUGAUGUAAACGGGCGAUAUGAUCCAGAAGUUUGCUUGGGACACUUGAAGCUGUAUUCAUUCAAGGAGCUACGAGCAGCCACCAGCAAUUUCAAUUCAAAAAAUAUUCUAGGUAAAGGAGGUUAUGGAAUUGUUUACAAAGGUUGUUUGCGUGAUGGAACCGUAGUGGCCGUGAAACGUUUGAGAGACUAUAACAGCAUUGGAGGCCUUCAAUUUCAAACUGAGGUUGAAAUGAUAAGCUUGGCAGUUCAUCGACAUUUACUCAGGCUAUGCGGAUUCUGCACAACAGAGAAUGAGAGGCUCCUUGUCUAUCCUUACAUGCCUAACGGGAGUGUAGCUUCUCAACUUAGAGAGAACGUCCGUGGCAGGCCAGCUUUAGAUUGGUCAAGACGAAAGAGGAUAGCCUUGGGGACAGCCAGGGGAUUGCUAUACCUGCACGAGCAGUGUGAUCCGAAAAUUAUCCACCGUGAUGUAAAAGCUGCAAAUAUUCUUCUCGAUGAAGAAUUCGACGCAGUGGUUGGAGAUUUCGGGCUGGCAAAACUUUUGGAUCACCAGGAAUCGCAUGUCACAACAGCAGUUCGUGGGACAGUUGGGCAUAUUGCUCCCGAGUAUCUUUCGACCGGACAGUCAUCAGAAAAGACUGAUGUUUUUGGUUUCGGUAUACUAUUACUCGAACUGGUUACCGGUCAGAAAGCAUUGGAUUUUGGAAGACUUGCAAACCAGAAAGGUGUCAUGCUGGACUGGGUCAAAAAACUUCAUCAAGAGAAUAAGCUCUACAUGGUGGUCGACAAAGGCCUCCGAAACAACUAUGACCGAGUCGAGCUCAAAGAGAUGGUUCAAGUGGCUUUUCUUUGCACACAAUUCCGUCCAUCGCAACGGCCUAAGAUGUCAGAGGUCGUACGAAUGCUAGAAGGCGACGGGCUAGCUGAAAAGUGGGAAGCUACACAGAGGCUCGACAUGCCCGAAUCUCAAUCCUCAAAGGAGCAAAAACCGACACACCAAUAUGUUGACUCGAUGGAGGACUCAUCGAUGGUAUUAGAAGCAAUUGAACUUUCAGGCCCUCGAUGAUCGAUACACACGAACCGUGGUGUAGUCACUAUAGGAGCUACAACACACACAUUGUAUUGUAUGACUAUUAUCAAGAGAAGAGUGGAGAAAGGUGAAGAGUUUAAAUUGUUUCAUGUUUCAUUGUGCGUAACAUAUUAAAUUAAAUUUUUAGGGGGCGUUUGGUUUAGGGUAA